UCUGAGAAUUCCUGCUUUCUCACUGGGUAGGCAAGAAAUGGAGCAGGUGAAUACCGUGUUAGGAGGCGAGCACUGGAUGACAGUAAUGAGAUCCCCGAGGCCGGGUGCGGGGCCUGUUGUAUUUGGACUCGUUAAGCAGAAUUACUGUUACUUAUCAUUUUGUUUUGUGACCCCAGAACCGCUUUGGCCUGUUUAGGUUUUGAUUGGCUCCAUUGGGAUGUUCUCGGGAGACCUGUAAUCAUUAAAGACCAGAGAGAGGGAGGGAACUCAUUGGAGGCUAUCAUUAUUGGUGGCCCUUGAACUGUGCUGGUCAGGCAUAAUUUUAUGUGUUUAAAGAUUGUGGAAUCUGUCCUUGUUUUUUUGUUUUGUUUUUUUGGGUGGGGCUAGUAGCAGCUGUUUCGGAUGAUCCAAGUAUAAACAAUCUUAAAGUCAAGCUACAUAAUCUCUUGAUAAGUCCUUGCCUAUAUUUGAGUGUGUUGUCUUGCCGCCUUCAACAUCAAAUGCACAAAGGUCUUGUCGCUCAAAUUCCUUAAAAUAUCUCCCAUCUUUCCUUUGAUGCCAGUCUCACCUUAUCAGUACUGAAUAUGAAUGCCCUCAUGACACUAAAAAUACCGUACGUUAUGCUGAGUUUAGAUAGUGUACAGUCUGUGUCUUACCUUAGCUGAUUGAGAAGAAAUAAUUGCCGUUUCAGGACCACUGAUAGCGCCUAUUUUGUUUUUAACAGGGCAACAGUUUAGACAGCCCUUAAAGGAAGCCUUUAUUGGCUCUAAGCAUGAAAAGACUUGACAGAUGGAAGAGUGCAAUUAAUCUUGAAGGUGGGGAUAAGAAACAGAAAGCUGCAGGGGUGGAAAUCUUAUUCUCUGUGGCUUGAUAAAACCGCUUUGUCAUUAUCAAUGUAUCCCUGUUAUGCUUAAUUUGAAACUGAACUUAAUAUGCAAGUUGAUUUCUUUCUUCUACUUUCUAUGUUUUUAGAUAAUGGUUAUACAUUUGAAUUCCUUAGGGGAAAAAUUGUGUUUUCUGAGGCAUUUGGAAGAUUAAACCCUUUAAUAUAGCCACAGUCCUAGGGCUUUGGCUGUUAGAGAUGGGCAUUGUCAGUAAAGAGUAGAAAACUAGUUACAACAGAGACAACAGUCAUCAAGAUCUCUUACGUUUGCUUCCUGUACAAGCAAAAAAAGAUAGGGCAGCAUGAAUGUCAAUGCCUCAUGAUAUUGUGUCAAGGGUAUUUAAAGAGCUGUUUGGGAUUCCCAGUUCUGUCUUUAAUCUGGGUACAUUCUCAUGUAUUGAGUUAUCCCAAAACAUUGUCACUUGAUCCUGAUGUUGACUGCAAAGGAAGUCACUUUUCAUCUUGCACUCUGUAGAACGGGUUCGGUAACUGCUUGGGCAAUUUCUCCUUUCUGUCUUUCUAAGCAGGAUAUCAGAACAGUUGUUAAAGACCUGUCAGCAUGGGGUAGAAGAAAUGAAAAUGCAAAACAAAAGAGCCUUGCUGGGGUGUUGUUUGCCUUUGGCACUUGGUAAUUUCCAAGGUCCUGUAAUUUUCUUUUUGCCUCAGGUGGAGAGAAAUCUAGGUAGUUUGUUGACUGGUACUUUCUGCCACCAUGGGGGAACUUUUCCGGAGUGAGGAGAUGACGCUGGCCCAGCUUUUUCUACAGUCAGAAGCUGCUUAUUGUUGCGUCAGUGAAUUAGGAGAACUCGGAAAGGUUCAGUUUCGUGAUUUAAAUCCAGAUGUGAAUGUUUUCCAGCGGAAAUUUGUGAAUGAAGUUAGAAGAUGUGAAGAAAUGGAUCGAAAGCUUCGUUUUGUUGAGAAAGAGAUAAGAAAAGCUAACAUCCCAAUUAUGGACACUGGCGAAAACCCAGAAGUGCCCUUCCCCCGGGAUAUGAUUGACUUAGAGGCCAAUUUUGAGAAGAUUGAAAAUGAGCUGAAGGAAAUCAACACAAACCAGGAAGCUCUGAAGAGAAAUUUCCUGGAACUGACUGAAUUAAAAUUUAUUCUUCGAAAAACUCAGCAGUUUUUCGAUGAGGCUGAAUUGCAUCAUCAGCAGAUGGCGGAUCCAGACCUGUUGGAAGAGUCCUCAUCCCUCUUGGAGCCAAGUGAGAUGGGAAGAGGCACACCUUUAAGACUUGGCUUCGUGGCUGGUGUGAUUAACCGGGAGCGCAUCCCUACUUUUGAGCGCAUGCUGUGGCGGGUGUGCCGGGGCAAUGUGUUCCUGCGACAGGCUGAAAUCGAGAACCCCCUGGAGGAUCCUGUGACUGGCGACUACGUGCACAAGUCUGUGUUUAUCAUUUUCUUCCAAGGCGAUCAAUUGAAAAACAGAGUCAAGAAAAUCUGUGAAGGGUUCCGAGCCUCACUCUAUCCCUGUCCUGAGACGCCACAGGAGAGGAAGGAAAUGGCUUCUGGAGUUAAUACCCGGAUUGAUGAUCUCCAAAUGGUUCUGAAUCAAACCGAGGAUCACCGCCAGAGGGUUCUGCAGGCAGCUGCUAAGAACGUCCGGGUCUGGUUCAUCAAGGUGCGGAAGAUGAAGGCCAUCUACCACACUCUGAACCUGUGCAACAUAGAUGUGACCCAGAAGUGCCUGAUUGCGGAGGUGUGGUGCCCUGUCACCGACCUGGACUCCAUCCAGUUUGCACUUAGAAGGGGCACGGAACACAGUGGUUCCACUGUGCCUUCCAUUUUGAAUAGGAUGCAGACAAACCAGACUCCCCCAACCUAUAACAAAACCAACAAGUUCACAUACGGCUUUCAGAACAUAGUAGAUGCUUAUGGAAUUGGAACUUACCGAGAGAUAAAUCCAGCUCCAUAUACCAUCAUCACUUUCCCUUUCCUAUUUGCUGUGAUGUUUGGAGACUUUGGCCAUGGCAUUUUGAUGACCCUUUUUGCUGUGUGGAUGGUGUUAAGGGAGAGCCGGAUCCUCUCCCAGAAGAAUGAGAAUGAGAUGUUCAGCACUGUGUUCAGUGGCCGAUACAUUAUUCUAUUGAUGGGUGUGUUCUCCAUCUACACUGGCCUUAUCUACAAUGACUGCUUUUCCAAGUCUCUUAAUAUCUUUGGGUCAUCCUGGAGCGUCCGGCCGAUGUUCGUAUCUAAUUGGACGGAGGAGACGCUUCGGGGGAACCCUGUUCUCCAGUUGGACCCAGCCGUCCCUGGAGUUUUUGGUGGACCAUACCCUUUUGGCAUCGAUCCGAUUUGGAACAUUGCUACCAAUAAACUGACCUUCCUCAAUUCCUUCAAGAUGAAGAUGUCUGUUAUCCUUGGUAUUUUCCAUAUGAUGUUUGGAGUCACCCUGAGCCUUUUCAACCAUACCUAUUUCAGGAAGCCCCUGAAUAUCUACUUUGGCUUUAUUCCUGAAAUAAUCUUCAUGACCUCCUUGUUUGGCUACUUGGUUAUCCUCAUUUUUUACAAGUGGACAGCCUAUGAUGCUCACACCUCUGAGAAGGCACCAAGCCUCCUGAUCCAUUUCAUAAACAUGUUCCUCUUUUCCUACUCGGACACUGGCAAUGCAGUGCUGUACUCUGGACAGAAGGGAAUUCAGUGUUUCCUGGUCGUGGUUGCACUACUGUGUGUACCUUGGAUGCUGCUAUUUAAACCACUGGUCCUUCGCCAUCAGUAUUUGAGAAGGAAGCAUUUGGGAACUCUCAACUUUGGUGGGAUCAGGGUGGGCAACGGACCGACAGAGGAGGAUGCUGAGAUUAUUCAGCAUGACCAGCUCUCCACCCAUUCAGAGGACACGGAAGAGUUUGACUUUGGGGAUACCAUGGUCCACCAGGCCAUCCACACCAUUGAGUACUGCCUCGGCUGCAUCUCCAACACUGCCUCCUACCUGCGACUCUGGGCCCUCAGCCUCGCUCACGCACAGCUGUCUGAGGUGCUUUGGACCAUGGUGAUCCACAUCGGCCUGAGCGUGAAGAGCUUGGCAGGAGGCUUGGCACUGUUCUUUAUCUUCGCCGCCUUUGCCACCCUGACUGUGGCCAUCCUCCUGAUCAUGGAGGGCCUUUCGGCCUUCCUGCAUGCACUGCGGUUACACUGGGUCGAGUUCCAGAAUAAAUUCUACAGCGGGACCGGUUUCAAGUUCCUGCCCUUCUCCUUCGAGCACAUUCGGGAAGGGAAGUUUGAGGAGUGAGCCCCUCAUGGGGCUGGUGUGCCCCAGGCUACCCUCCCUGCCUUCUCCACGAUGAUUAGCUGUGCUUCUGUUGCCUGCUGGUUGUGGACCCUGAGCACCAGAGCAUUUGUGUCAUCCCUGACACCCUCCCCCUGCUGUCUGUGAGUCACUUAGAACCAGCCCUACCUGGGUCUCCCUGUGCCACCCCUAGCUUUGUGUGUAGUGAGUUUCUAAAGAGAAGCUGGGCUUUGGCUGGCACUCAGCCACCCACUGGGCACCAGCUAUGUCUCCUCAGCCUUCAUCCAGCCAGAUAGCCCCUUCUCUGUCCGCUAGUGGUACCCCAGUUUGUACGUUCACACUCACAUGAACCCUUUGGGUCAGAGUGCUUGUUAAUCCGGAAUUUGGCUAGACCCAACCGGGCCAUCAUGGGUGACUGCUCCCUGUCACCCCCAAGGUCCCAAGGUAUUCAACACCACCUUCCU